AUGUCCCUACUACGCGAAGCAGAAAGAUGCCUCGCUAACCAACAUGCGCAUAAUCUGAAUGCAUUCAUCACCCCACUGUCACGCUCUGGACAGUGGCUGGACCGCGUGAAGGAAGCAGACCAGCGCAGCGAGAAAGGUACCGCGCCGGACCGCAUGAUCCAAAUCAACUCUUCCCCAAGAACUCCCAAAUCUGCAGUCGACGGCCGCUUGAUCUCGAUCAAGGACAAUAUCUGUACGCGCCAACUACCGACGACAUGCGGCUCGGGCAUUCUCGAUAAAUUCACCAGCCCGUUCAAUGCGACGGUGGUGGAGCAAUUGGAAGGGGCUGGAGCUGUGAUUGCUGGAAAGACCAAUCUGGAUGAAUUCGGAAUGGGGUCACACUCAGUCCAUUCGCGAUUUGGACCUGUGAAAAAUAUCCGGCGAGACUCCGCGGGACAUGAGAUCUCGGCUGGUGGGAGCUCUGGCGGGAGUGCAGUGGCCGUUGCUGCAGAGCAAUGCUAUGCUGCACUUGGAACAGACACCGGCGGCUCGGUCAGAUUGCCCGCUGCAUACACAGGGACAGUGGGCUUCAAGCCAUCAUACGGACUGAUCUCGCGAUGGGGCGUCGUGGCAUACGCAAAUUCACUAGACACGGUUGGGAUCUUGGGAACAAACACUUCCAGCGUUCGAGACAUCUUCGUCCGAACCUCCUGGCUCUUAUCUCUCGCCCAUCUGCAAAAACAAGGACACACCAUCCACCCGGUCUCAUUACCAACAACUAAGCACGCCCUAUCCGCAUACUACGUCCUCGCACCAGCAGAAGCCUCUUCAAACCUCGCAAAAUACGACGGCGUUCGCUACGGCACGCGCGGCGACGGACCCGACGGUAACGGCCAGCCAGAGGGCGUUCUCUACUCCAAUACGCGCGGAACUGGAUUCGGGGCGGAGGUUCAGCGCCGCAUUCUUCUCGGCACGUUCAGUUUAAGCGCAGACUCGAUGGAUAAUUACUUUAUUCAGGCGCAGCGGGUGCGGAGGCUUGUUCAGCGGGAUUUCAAUGCUGUGUUCUCGGCUCAACAUCCUCUGUUCGAUGCGCGGGGUCGCUCCGACGAGGCUGCCGCUGAAGCUGAGGUUGAUGUCAUUGUCUGUCCUACUGCGCCUUCGUCUCCGCCGCGGGCGUCGGAUUUAUCUAGCGGGUCUAAGUCGCCUUUGGAUGCUUAUGUUAAUGAUGUGUUUACCGUGCCGGCUAGCUUGGCAGGUCUCCCCGCUAUUUCUGUGCCUGUGACGGUGGCAGAGCCUGGACGGGACUCUGGUGUUGAUGCGGGUACUGAUGGACUGGCUGGUAUUCAGGUUGUGGGCCAGUAUGGUGAUGAUGAGCUGGUGAUGAGUGUUGGGGAGUUGCUUGCUGGCAGUCGACUUAGUGAGCAAUAA